CUACUGGGUUGCCGAAUUCGUCUUCACGCUUGCGUGCAUUUGAAUGGACCGAAUGAAUAAUAGACGCACUGCGUCUCUUUUGUCGUCUGCGCUAGUUUGCUUUGUCACUGAGCAAAGUCGAGCGCUCAUAUGCAUUAUGCCGGACUGAUAGUAUGUAUUGUGACUUGUAUAUGAACGAUCAAGAUAACUUCUUGGAACGAUUCAGGGAAUUAGGGAUGUCAAUGCAAACGAGUCUGUAAUUUUGCUUCAGAUGUUUUGAUAUGUGCUUUCAGAUUUUUCUAUCACGAUUCAGCCGAUGGAAUCAGAUCAUUUUGCAGCUAUCAUAAUGUUUUUUUGACUAAAAUAUUAGCCGCCGUGUCGAUUUUAUUCGUCGCUUCUCGAGCUACAUGCUCCGGCCAGCUCUCGUCAACAAACAAAUGUUCGUCUCCGGAACCUGUACAGAUAUCGCCCCCAUAGGUGCGGCCUGAUUCCUCUAUCAACUUGAGGUGCGGUAUGUCAAUGAUGUAUUCAACAGUAUCAUCUGCGUAUUCCUCUGCGCCCAAUAGCAUGGCUGUUGGGCCCAGACAGAGAAGGACGACACGAAGAGCUCCAGCUCCUAAUAUAAAUGGCCAAUCAGGACCAUGGAUGGAUUCAUCCUGGGUCCAAAGCUUCUCUUCCCAAGGACCUAGCCCCCUAGGAAACCCCCAGGACCUUAAUCCAGCCUUUGCUCUGCGGAAGAUCGUUCUCCUCCUAGAGAAGCAGAAGUACAUUGACGUCUCCCAACUCAUAAACCAGCUCAACAAUGUGGCCAUCAAAUCAAUCCUGCAUGAAUUGCCUAUUCAUGUGUUUCUGGAAAAUAUCCCUGACUCUCUUGUCGCACUAGAGAGUUUGUACUCAAAACUGUUUGUCCUAGACCCAGAGAACUUCCCUGUGGAUAAGCUGGCCAUUGAAGCUACAGUUUUCCAGAUCGUUCGACAUUUAGCCUUGGCUGACUCUAUGCUCGAUAAUGGCUCCACUCAAGCUAAUGCUGAUUUGAUUGGGUCCAUUCGAAACAUCUUGCAAAUUGUCCUCUUUGUCAAACCAGACAUUGUUUCUGUCGUCCAUGCACGGAAAAAGAUGAUGGACAACGCGCUCCAGGGAAUAGGCGAGCACAGUUUGGUGAAGGUCGCAGGAUCUCUCAUGAACCUUCAUGAUGGUUUGAAGAUUGAAUUUGAGAAAACUACUACUUCAUACAAAACAGCCAUUCAGCAACUUGAACAGCUAAGCCUCUCCAACCACAAGCCGGUCACUCUCAAAUCAUUUGCAAAUCGGCCGCUUCCCUCCGCUAACCACCAAGUCCUCAUGACAUUCACCGAAGAAGAAAUUCAAGAAAGGCUGUUCAAGAACAAGACUGUGUUAAAUGCUGUUGAAUCCAAUAUGACCAAUCAGCUCCCACACUUGAUCAAGAACCUUAAAGAAAGGAUCGAGAAUGAUAAGAACGCACUCCUGGCUUUUGGGAGAAUACGGCGAGAGAUCAAGGGCAUAUCUGGCGACGCCAAAGUAGCACCUGUUCUGUCUCAGUACUCAAGAAGUCUCAGGUCUGUCCUAGAUGUCUUCAAGGUUCUCUUGGAAGAGCACUAUCCCGAGAGCAAGACACAGGAUCUCAACUUUCCAGAUCUUGAUGACCAGGUCCUAAAGCUAGAGGAUGUUGAUGGAGUGGCAUCUGGAGGCUCUGCCCAAUUGGAUGCAGCUAAGAGCAACUCGACUGACAUAUAUGCUGGAAUUGCGGAUGCUGACAUCCCGCCCCCACCCACACAUUCCCCACCCCCCGUACCCUCCAGGACCCCGCCCACCUUGCCCACCUCGCCCACCUCGCUCCAUUCCGAGACGGAGAUUGGGAACUCGUCCCUGCCCUCCAAGGAGUCACAGCAUAGACGAGCUCGAUCCCGAGAUCGCAGCAGGAGGAAGAAGGGGACAAAGUCGAGGGCAUCGUCCAGGGCGAUCUCGCUGGAUAGAAGUCAGGUGGUGAUAUCAAGGCCCGAGAGGGAGAGCGUGGAGGAUAGCAGAGACUUUCAAGUCAUGAUGAAGAGGAUCAAUUCUGUUUCGGCAUCUUCACCAGUAUCCCCACAGGAAAGGGAAUAUUUCUCUCAGUUUGGAGCAACUCCAUCCGUAGGCCGACGUGGACUGGAGAAGCGCGGAAUCAGUCCCAUGCGAAAUGGAGCACGAAGUGGGUCAGUUUCCCCCACGUCAUAUCGUCGUCAUCUACUGGGAGAGGAUAUGCCUCUUUCUGAACUAUCGCAGAGGCCUGGAAUCGAGAAAGAACAGAAGGGAGGAGACAGCCGUAGAUCAUCCCUGUCCUCCACAUCAGACACCCAGAAGUCCACCAAUCCAUCCCGUCGCCAAGCCAGGCCAACCUCUAUGUAUAUGAAUGGGUCACCAAGCUCUAAGGCUGAUGAUACAUACUCAAUGCUCAUGGAUGAAUCUUCCAAGAGAGAAGCUGUGGAAAAAGAAAGAGACAAGGUUAUACGGAUGCAUUAUAAGGCCCAGACUGAACUACACAAGACAAAAGAAGAUCUCAGAAUAGCAAUGGACAAAAUCAACAGACUACAGGAGAAUGAGAGGAGACUAAAUCAAGAAGUAACCAAGCUGUCCUCUCACCCAGCACCCGCAAACAACAAUGAAGCCAACGUGGUGAAGUCUAAACGUAACAUCGUGGGUGAUCUCCUGUACGAGUAUGACAAGCUUUACUCUGAUGAUCGAGCCAAGGCGUGGGUGUCUCUCAACGUCAUGUCAGAACAGAAGCAGUUUGAAGACAGUGAUGACUUGAAGGAUAAAGUUCUUUUCUCUGUGAUAGUGCUUGCCUUCAGAACUGCUAAGAACACCAUGGAGUCCAUUCAGGGUGGGGUACAACAGCUAUUGCAGACGUCCCACACCCAGGCAAACGGUGGUGAAGCUAGGGUCAACCAUGGGAACAACCAACAGAAAGGAAAGACCAAUGGAGAGUUGCUCCAAUUCUUAAGAAGACUUGGGGAUGGCUAUGACCUGACUCCACUGACACAGGAGGUUGGAAAGCAGCUGUUUUCAGCCCUCUACGACUACCCAAAGCUGAAGACAUCCGUAGAACUCAGCAACUUCAUUGAACGCUGCGUGUCGUUGGCGUGGAGACUAACCAUCCAGGACCCGCCCCUGACGAUCACGUACGACAACAUGACAUUCAACUCGGACACCCACCAGAGGGCACCAGCCACUAACAGGAGAUCGACGACGGUCAAGUCUUUCCUCUGGCCAUGUCUAGUGGAAGAAAGCACCGGGUUAUGUGUCUAUAGAGGGGUUGUCUUGACAUGAAUCAUCUGGGCCCCAUUUCACAAAACUUGUCAUCAGUGACAAACGACAGUUUUUGUUAUAAGCUACUGAAAUCCUUGCUUCUGAUUGGUUAU